AUGGCGUCAAUUCAACCAUUUUGCGUGUUUUGUAAUAAAAAAACCGAAAAACUGAAUAUUUUAACUGCUGAGAGAUUGCAGAAGUGUAAAAUUAUUUUAGAAAUUCGUAAAGCGAAUAAUUUGGCAAUGAGUGAUGCGAAAGUGCCGCCUAAGAUGACUGAUUUUCAUCAAUAUCAUUCUAUGUGCUACCGAACAUUUACUGCACUACCACCGAAAUAUCGGAAAUGUAUAGAAUCUACGUCCAUUUCUGCAACAGCUAAUAUAACUGAAGAGGCGGGAACAAGUGAAUGUAGUGCUGAAGCUAUAAGUGAUGCUCACGAAGAAGUUCAUGAAGUAGACAUGGAAGAAACUGAGGCAUCAUCAAGUCAACAGGAUCCUGAUUCUGUCGAGAAGUCGAGCGAUUAUACGUGCAUAUUUUGCCAAAAAAAACGUAAAAAAUACAAUGGCCGCGAGCAACAGCUGCAGACAUGUCUUACUGCGGACGGCGUUGAUAAUUUACUUAUUAUUGCUAAUGAAAUAGGAGACGAACAAUUGGCCAAUAGAAUCACGAAAUUUAGCACGAGAAAUGAAUUGAUCCUUUACCACAAAAUCUGCAAGUUAAAUUUUACAAAUACCCAGCAGGCGCAAAAAAAAUCGAAUAUGGAAAAAACCGAAUGGCAUGUGACUCGAGACAUAUAUAAAUCAGCCUUCGAAGAAGUGUGCAAAUCACUUUUUGCCACUUCUAUUAUCAAUCUUGAUCCCACUAAAUCAUUACAAGUAGAUUCAUAUAGAUUUGAAAAUAGAUUACUGAAGAAAUAUGGUAAAGAAAUCAGCAUAGUUACGAUGAAUGGUAAAAAAAUUGUGAAAACUUACAGCGGAGUGCUCAUCAAAACUGAUUUGGAUAUCUUGGAAGAAGAAGAUAUUUUGAAUCGUGCUGUAUUAAUUUUGAGAAAAUACAUACGAAAUAUAAAGCCGAAACGAUUGCCGGAGGACUUAACAACUGAUAUUUUGAUAAACGGAGAAUGCGACAUUCCACAGGAACUCAUCAGUUUUUAUAGUAAAAUUAUAUCGUCAAAAUAUCCUGCAAAAAUAAGUAAAAAUGUUGCAAGAACAGCUAAAUCUUUUUCCGAAGAUUUGAUCUACGCUGCCACUAAUGGAAACAUCAAAACGUCAAAACACAUUACUCUCGGAAUGGCAAUAAAGAGUUUAACAAAUAGUAAAAAAAUUGUUAAUAUUCUUCAUAAAUAUGGGCAUUGCUGCAGCUACAGUACUUUGGAGGGAUUGGAGACGGAAGCAACAUUUUCCGCUACUCGUCGAUCGGUACUUUGCCCCGAAGAUAUAAUUCCAGAGAAUAAUUUAUGCACGGGAUUAGCGUUCAAUAAUUUUGAUCGCUUUGUGGAUACUUGUACUGGAAAGGAUACAUUACAUGACACUGUAGGAAUAAUGUUCCAAAAUAUCGUCGACAGUUCACCGAGUGUUCCAACACCUAUUGAGAAUUUACUUCAGAAUGAACCAUCGACAAGUGCAAGAAGAAGACGACGAACAUUCGAUGAGGUAACAUUUGAAUUGCAGCCGUACAAUAAAAAACCGAAGAUACGGGAAACUUUGACACCUGGUGACGAUUCACUUAUUUCAUAUGAUGUUGAUAUCAAACAAUUACAUUUGAUUGAUGUUGCUUGGACAAUGUCUCAUUUUUUGAAGCUACCGAAUAUACCAGCUUGGGUUGGGUAUAACAGCAUGAUUUAUCAGGACAAUAGCGUCAAGCAAAAAAUAUCUUACCUUACGACGAUAAAUGCAUCUCCAACAAAUAUAUCAGUGGUAUUAGAGACAAUGAGACAAGCUCAACAAAUAGCUGAAGAAUGUCAAGAAGAGUUCAUGGAGGUCACUUACGAUUUAGCUAUUGCGAAAGUAGCUCUCCAAAUACAAAGCACAGAGAAACCGAAAUUUAACAACUUGUUCGUGCACCUUGGAUCCUUUCAUGUCAUGAUGGCAUAUUUUAAAGCAGUUGGAAAGUUAAUUGACAACUGUGGAAUAACAAACAUCAUGGAAAAUGCGGAUAUAUUGGCAAGUGGAUCAAUCUCUUCUUUUAUAACUGCAAAACAUUUCAAUAGAUGCAAGCGUCUUCAUCCGCUUUUAUAUUUGGCUCUUGACAAUUUACAUUUUGAAAGUUUUGUUGAACAAUGCAAUGUUGAAUUGCCUAAUGAGAUCAAAGAUUAUUUACUGAAAUUUAGCACUGAGCAAUCUACCAAUCCAACAAUUACCGAUGAUGAGUUGAUAAGCCUCUUUGAUAGAUAUGAGCAAUAUAAAAAACAAACACUAAAUGGUGAACAUGGGAAAACGCCACAGUUUUAUAUGAUAUACAUGAAUCUGAUCAGUCAUUACUUCAUGUUAUGUCGAAGUAUCCGCACAGGGAAUAUCGAACUAUUCAAAUAUAUAUUACCUAAAAUUAGCAAUCUCUUCUUCACAUUUAACCAGCCAAAUUAUGCACGUUAUACCGUAAUGUAUCACGACAAAUUAAUGAAAGUACAUGAAACUCAUCCUGGAUUAUAUUUACGGUUACAAAGGGGAUCAUUCGGAGUUAAACGGACUGACAAACAAUUUUCUCGACAACCCGUAGAUCUUACACUGGAACAGACCAUCAAUGCCGAUGCGGCAAACAAAUUGACAGGAAUUAGUCAUACCACCAAUUCAAUAAAGGCUCGCCAGCGCUGGUGUAAAAGCCAUAGUAUUCGUUCUAAAAUUAUUGCUCAUAUCAUGGAAGAAAGUGGAUUGCGCCCUGAUCAAGAUAUUACAGCUGAUCUUGAGCAAAGUCGAAUAAAAAAACAUUCGUUACAGCUGGAACAAUGUCUUAAUCACAUUAAACAGAAUAUGAAUCCAUUCGCAAAAGAUGUAGACAAAGAUUUAUUAUACAAUAUUUCUACAGGGCAGGCGGUUACACCAGAAAUCGAAGACUUUUUACUGAAUGUGGAGACAAUUGGUAAUGAACAACGUGAACAAUUUAUUAGAGAAUGUUCAACAGAUGAAGAACGAUUUGAAAAAGUCAUCAAGAGAAAUAAAAUUCAAAAUUUCGCUACUGUUGCACCGAAACAAAAAAUUUCAAUUGCUGGAAAAAGGAUUGCAAUACAAAUGCAACGCGAUUUAUUUGGUCAAUUAUUCUCUCUGUCUUUAGAACAAACGUUAAAUAUCGACAAGGUUUUAGCAUAUCCUCUAACUCCAGUCCCACUGGCUUUGUGCCAUAUCGAUGGGACGAUCUGCAAAACAGAUAAAUCGGUAUUGUUAAAAGUGCUUCAGAAGGAGAUUGAUAGUAACCCACCAGAAAGGUGCGAUGUGAUUAUUUAUGAUGGAUUUUUCAACAUACAUUCGAUAAAAGACGUGCCGUCCUCAUUUGGAAAUGUAUCGAAAAAGCUGAUGCAAGUAUUCACUAACAAUAAUGCCGACACUGUAAUAAUUGCCUUCGAUAGAUACGUAUUUCCAUCUAUAAAAGAUAAUGAACACUCAUUAAGAAGCAGAGUCCAAGGGCAGCGUUUCCAAAUAAAUGGACCCGAUCAAGUGCGCCCAUCAAAUUUCUCGGAUGCAUUGAAAAAUAUUUACUUCAAAGAAGCACUCAUUGACUUUUUAAUUGAAGAUUGGGCAAAUGAUCACAUGGCACCAUAUAUCGGGAAUAAGAUCAUUUUUGUCAAUUAUUUGGAAUGUCAUAAAUAUGAAGUACAUCAAGGCAAAGUGCAAAGAACAUCAGAACCAUUGUUGGCAUGUCCAGGUCACGAAGAAGCUGAUACAAAAAUUAUUUUCCAUGUUUGUCAGUUGACUUCAGAUGCUCAUGUUACGAUACGGUGUUCAGACACAGAUAUUUUGAUUAUUAUGUUAGGAAACAUGAAAUACAUCAAAAGCAAUUUAAAUAUCUCGAUGCAUGUUGGGACCGGAAACAAUCAGAAAUUUAUCAAUGUCACCAAGUUGUAUGACACAUUGGGUCCCAAUUUGAGCUCUGCAUUGCCAGGAUUUCAUGCCUUCACGGGCUGCGAUUUUAAUUCAGCGUUCUACCGCAAAGGCAAAAAAAAACCAUUGCAAAUUCUGCGAAACUCUCCAAAAUACAUACAGGCAUUAACUGACAUUUCAAAUAUUCCCAAUUGUAAUCUUGAUGAAUUGCUUGUCACACUGGAAGGCUAUGUUUGCCGAUUAUAUGCACUGACAGCAGUUGAAGAUAUCAAUGUUGCUCGUGUUGUUACAUUCACAAAAGCAUAUGGUACCCACGAUGACUCGAAUCCGCUAAAUCUGGAAACACGAAUUGAUGGUGCAUUGUUUCCGCCCUGUAAAAUUGAGCUGCAGCAGCAUAUUCUACGUACGGCAUACAUCGCUCACCUUUGGAGCCAUGCUCAUCUCCCCGUGCCAACCGAGCUAUCACCUACUGAGUAUGGAUGGGAAGAAAGCAAUAAGAAAUAUUUAUUCAAAUGGUUCGUGGGCGAUCAAUUGCCACCAACCAUCACUAGCAUCUCUAAUCUCGACACAAACGCUUCUGACGACAUCGAAACUGAAGAAGAUGGAGUGUAUAAUUUAUCUAUCGAUAACUCCGAUAAUGACAGUGACCAAAAUAGUGAUGAUGACAAUUAA